UCGUUUUCAACCUCUGAAUCUCAGUUACGAAAUGUAUACUUUGCCAAGGUUUUAGGGUUUCUUUCCUGCUUCGAUGCAACCUGUUAUAGUUUGAUUUGCUGCAUUUUUCCAUUGUAGUAACACUGUGCUUCUUCUGUGUUGCAAGAAGCUUUUAUACGUGUUCUUUUGUCAUUUCUCUGCAUUCUCGUUUUCGGUUCUGUUGUGACUCGCAAUGAGUUUUGAUUCCGGAUUCCGUUUGAAAUAUGGAAUAGUAUUGCUUCUUUUGCUGUUGUUGUCUGAACUCUGACGCCGUAUUACUGAUUUUGAAGUGGCCAUCUGAACUUUUGGGCUGUAAGGAUUAAGGGACGGAGCCGAACAUUCUCUUGACAAUAAAGCCACUGGAGCAAUCGAAACAAUCUCAGGUUAGCUAAGGAGUUUCAAGCGUUCGAUGAAACCUAAUCAACUCUUCAAUCCUAGCUUCUUCUUCUCCAAGGCAGGGUUUAGGGAUUAGAGGAUGAAAAUUCAAAGUUAUGCUCCCAACUUGCAAAGCCAACAAGUUUAGGUCGCGAGCCCUUUUACUGCGGAGAGAAGGGCGAAUGGCCUACUUCGAUCUCCUGUUGCAGAAGUGUUCUUCCUUCUCGCAAAUCAAGCAACUCCAAGCAAACCUCAUCACCAAUGGCCAUUUUCACUUCUCUUCCUCUCGCACCAAGCUUCUCGAGCUCUGCGCCAUCUCCCCCUUCGGCGACCUUUCUCAUGCCCUCCAUAUUUUCCGUCAUGUCCACUCCCCUUCCACCAAGGAUUGGAACGCCGUCAUUCGCGGCACCGCCUUAAGCUCCAAUCCCUCAAAUGCCCUUUUCUGGUACAGAACCAUGAAUGCGUCAAAUGGGCCUCAUAGAGUCGACGCUCUCACCUGCUCCUUUGCCCUCAAAGCUUGUGCGCGUGCGUUGGCUCGUUCUGAAGUGAUGCAAUUGCAUUCACAGGUCUUGCGAUUUGGGUUCGAUGCUGAUGUUCUCCUACAGACUACAUUGCUUGAUGCGUACGCAAAAGUUGAGGAUCUUGAUCAGGCUCAGAAGGUGUUCGACGAAAUGCCAGAACCAGAUAUCGCCUCGUGGAAUUCUCUGAUUGCUGGAUUUGCCCAGGGGGGUCGACCAAGCGAUGCUAUAGACUUGUUUAAGAGAAUGAAGGAGGAUGGGAAUUUGAGGCCCAAUGAAGUAACCGUUCAAGGUGCUCUCUCGGCGUGUUCCCAAUUGGGUACUUUGAAAGAAGGUGAGAAUGUUCACAAAUACAUAGUAGAGGAGAAUCUAGACACGAUUGUGCAGGUUUGUAAUGUUGUUAUUGAUAUGUAUGCUAAAUGUGGAUCUGUGGAUAAAGCUUAUUGGGUGUUUGAGAACAUGAGAUGUGAGAAAAGUUUGAUCACAUGGAAUACAAUGAUAAUGGCAUUUGCAAUGCAUGGUGAUGGAUACAAAGCGUUAGAUCUUUUUGAAAAGUUGGGUCGAUCUGGUAUAUGUCCUGAUGCAAUAUCAUAUCUAGCGGUGCUAUGUGCCUGUAACCACGCAGGGCUCAUAGAGGAUGGACUUAAGCUCUGCAAUUCAAUGAUGCAAAGGGGUGUGGCACCAAAUAUAAAGCAUUACGGAGUAGUGGUCGAUUUGUUGGGUCGAGCCGGGCGUUUGAAAGAAGCUUAUGAAAUUGUAAGUUCAAUGCCUUUUCCUAAUAUGGUUCUGUGGCAGACUUUGCUUGGUGCUUGCAGGACUUAUGGGGAUGUAAAAAUGGCAGAGAUGGCAUCUAGGAAGCUAGUAGAGAUGGGCUUUAUUAGCUGUGGUGAUUUUGUUCUGUUGUCGAAUGUUUAUGCUGCUCGUCGGAGAUGGGAUGAUGUUGGGAGAGUUAGGGAUGCCAUGAGAAGAAGGGAUGUGAAGAAGACGCCUGGAUUUAGUUACAUAGAAGUGAAAGGUAAUAUGCACAAAUUUCUUUAUGGCGAUCGAAGCCAUUCGAGUUGCCGUGAAAUUUAUGCAAAGCUUGAUGAGAUCAUGUUUAGGAUCAAAGCCAUUGGAUAUACAGCUGAAACUGGUAAUGUAUUGCAUGAUAUUGAGGAGGAGGACAAGGAGAACGUGCUGUGUUGUCAUAGUGAGAAGCUUGCUGUAGCCUUUGGAUUAUCUUGUACUGAAGAAGGGACCCCAAUCCAAGUGAUUAAGAAUUUAAGGAUUUGUGGGGAUUGUCAUGUUGUGAUUAAGCUAAUAUCAAAGAGUUAUAAUCGAGAAAUUUUCGUAAGGGACCGAACUCGAUUUCACCGGUUUAAAGAUGGUUUGUGUUCUUGCAAAGAUUAUUGGUGAUACUUAUUGGCGCAAAGGUUCUAAAAUAGAGACGUUUUCUUGAAAAAUAUCUUGUAUCUCACCCAUCAUGAGUUGGCUUAUUAUAAUAGGCGUGGGGGAAUGAGUUCAAUUCGAGGUGAACACCUACUUAGGAUUUAAUGUCCUAUGAGGAUCAAACCGUCGUUCUGUGAGAUUAGUUGAGGUACAUGACUUGUGAACGGAUAUGAUAUUCAAAAAGACAAUAAUGCCCAUAUCGCAAGUGUAUGAAUUAUUUAGAUCUUUCAUUGAUUCAAGGUCUACGAGGCAUGGGGUGAGUCGAGACCGAGGAAGAAGGCAGCUGUGGAUAAUGGAACAUAGGAGUCGAUACCGAGGAAGAAGGCAGCUGUGAAUAAUGGAACAUAGGAGUCGAGAUCGAGUAAGAAACGCAGCUGUGAAUAAUGAAACACAGAAUUUGUAACUUGGGUCAAACGCUUUUGGUAGAUUCAUACAGAAAACGGCAAUGAACAACUACAAUGUGCUAUGAAUCUGGUAAGUCUUUAUUCAUCGCUUACUUCCCUUUUUCCUAUUUAGAAAAAGUAAAAAAAAAAAAAAAAUACCUUCCUAAUACAGAUACAAAUGUCACUGUUAAAAAGUGAAGUAAAAAUCUACUUGGUAGGAUUC